AGUCUCGCGCCGCGGAGCCGUCGCCGCCGCUCGCGCCCCGCGCCCCCCCCUUCUCUCCCCCUUAUUCCCCCCCCUCCCCAUUCCCCGCCAUGGCACGGCCCCCCCCACGCCUCUCUCCCCCCCCCUCCCUCCUCUUCCAGCACCCCGAGGCCGGUGUGAAUGAGGUGUGACCCCCCCGGCCCGAUCCCGCCCGCUCCGUGCCUUGCCCACACUCGCAGCGCAGGGCCGGCUCGGUGCACGCAGACCGCUGGGCUUCUCCUUGUUAUUUUGCCUUCUUUUUUUUCCCCCAUCUUUUUAAAUUUUUCUUAAUUUUUUUUUACCUCCCCCCACCCCUCCCACCCCCAUUUACUCCGCAUCGCCGUCACCACCCCCGAAGAGAACCGAGCGAACCCUAAGCUGCACCCUACACCCACCAACCAACCAACCCACCCUCGCAUCGCAGAGGAAAUCCUCACCGUCACCCGUCUGUAUCACCCGCGGGAGGGGGGGGGUGAGAGCAGCCCACCUCGGGGCUGGGGGGCAGAGCCCUCCCCUCGCACCCCGGCCCUCAGCACCAUGAUGUUUCGCGACCAGGUCGGCGUGCUGGCCGGCUGGUUCAAGGGCUGGAACGAGUGCGAGCAGACUGUUGCGCUGCUCUCGCUGCUCAAACGCGUGAGCCGGACCCAGGCGCGCUUCCUGCAGCUCUGCCUGGAGCACUCGCUGGCGGACUGCACCGAGCUGCACGUCCUCGAAGGGGAGGCCAACAACCCCGGAAUCAUUAACCAAUGGCAACAGGAAUCCAAGGAUAAAGUGAUUUCCCUCUUGUUAACCCACCUGCCUUUACUGAAGCCCGGAAACAUCGAAGCAAAAGUCGAAUACAUGAAACUCUUGCCUAAAAUCCUGGCCCACUCGAUCGAACACAACCAACACAUCGAGGAGAGCCGGCAGCUGCUGUCCUACGCCUUGAUCCACCCGGCCACCUCGCUGGAGGACCGCAGCGCUCUGGCCAUGUGGCUCAACCACCUGGAGGACCGCACGUCAGGGACCUUUGGCAGCCAGGGCAGGGGCCGCUCGGACUCGGUGGACUACGGGCAGACGCACUACUAUCACCAAAGACAGAACUCCGACGAUAAACUCAACGGAUGGCAGAACUCUCGAGACUCGGGCAUAAGCGUCAGCGCUUCCAGCUGGCAGGACAAAAACCUGGCCUGUGAGAAUGGCCAUCUGCCCCUCUACUCCUCCUCCUCCGUCCCCACCACCAUCAACACCAUCGGCACUAGCACAAGCACCAUUCUCUCAGGCCAGACACACCACAGCCCUUUGAAACGCUCUGUGUCCCUUACCCCACCCAUGAAUGUGCCAAACCAGCCUCUAGGACAUGGAUGGAUGUCUCAUGAGGACUUACGAGCUAGAGGACCCCAGUGCAUCCCUUCCGAUCAUGCCCCCCUGUCUCCACAAAGCAGUGUAGCCUCUUCGGGAAGUGGUGGGAGUGAACAUUUAGAAGAUCAGCCUUCCGCUCGUAACACAUUCCAGGAGGAAGGGAGUGGUAUGAAAGAUGUUCCAGCCUGGCUGAAGAGUCUCCGGCUGCACAAGUACGCCGCGCUCUUCUCGCAGAUGACGUACGAGGAGAUGAUGGCCCUCACUGAAUGCCAGCUGGAGGCACAAAACGUUACCAAAGGUGCAAGACACAAAAUAGUCAUCAGCAUCCAAAAGCUAAAAGAAAGACAAAACCUGCUCAAAUCAUUAGAAAGGGACAUCCUGGAAGGUGGCAACCUGCGUGUCCCGCUGCAGGAACUACACCAAAUGAUCCUCACCCCCAUCAAAGCCUACUCUUCCCAAAUCUCCAGCCCGGAGGAGCACAGCCGGGACACGGACUCACAUCACCCCCCCUCCCUGCUGGGCUCAGACAGCCAGGGCUCCGAUGGCAAGGACUCUGCAGCAGGGGGCAUGCAGCAGCAUCACCUGCCAGGCUGUGAGGGCGAGUCGGGGGGCGGCCCUUUGCCUGAAGGUGACCUGCCUGGACAGUUCACAAGGGUGAUGGGGAAAGUGUGCACACAACUUUUAGUUUCCCGACCCGAUGAAGAGAAUAUAAGCUCCUAUUUACAGCUUAUAGACAAAUGUCUAAUACACGAGGCGUUUACAGAGAUACAGAAGAAACGGCUGUUGUCAUGGAAACAGCAGGUGCAAAAACUCUUUAGGUCUUUCCCUCGGAAAUCCCUCCUGGAGCUGUCAGGCUAUCGGCAGCAACGGAGCCGAGGCUUUGGGCAGUCCAACUCCUUACCGACAGCCGGAUCCGCCGGGGCAGGGCUGGGCAGGCGAAACCCCCGCCAGUUCCAGAUCCCCUCCCGCAACCUCCCCACUGCCCGCCUGGGGCUGCUGGGGCCCAGUGGGCUGCUGGGCACCCCACAGCGCAGCCCCGCCACCAGCCCCGCCAUCCUCAAGCAAGGCAGACAGAACCUCUGGUUUGCCAACCCAGGGGGCAGCAACAGCAUGCCCAGCCGGAGCCACAGCUCAGUGCAGAGGACGCGCUCGCUGCCGGUGCACACCUCCCCGCAGACCAUGCUGAUGUUCCAGCAGCCAGAGUUCCAGGUGCCGGUGACUGAACCUGACAUCAACAACAGGCUGGAGUCCCUGUGCCUGAGCAUGACGGAGCAUGCGCUCAGCGACGGUGUCGACCGGACCUCCACCAUCUAGAGGAGGACAGCCUGACGGCGGCGGUGCUGAUGGGAGAAGAACUGCUGCGGGUCCAGCGGAGAGGUCCGGGCACGGGAGCCUCAGCGACAGCUUGCAUCCUUUCUGUCUUUCUCUCUCUUCCUCUCUUUUCUCCUGUUUUAAUUUGGUGAACGUGUAGAUUGUCCUCGUGAACAUACCAUUAGACUUGGAAUUUGUGUUGUCCUUUCUUACAUCCGUGCUAAAAAAGAAAAGGAGGGGGGGAGGGGAGGGGGAUGGCCAAGAAAGAAACAACGCUGAGAAAAACAAACAGCAAAAAAUGCCUGGGGUGGCUGGGGGCUGUGGCAAAAAAGUGCUGACUUUGUGGUUGCGCCAUGGGCAGUGAAUGUCACCUGUGUGUGACCAAAGCCCAUAGGGGAGGAUUUGCCAUGGGGGACCCCGCGGGCGCUGCCAGCUGCCCUGUCUUUGUCCUCAUCCCAUUGGGGCCGGGCUGUAGCCUAUGCAAAUAUAAAAAGCACCCCUUGGGAUGGAUGGGACCGACAGCUUAAUUGUAAAAACCAAAAUCAAGCAGAGAAAAAAAAGCAAAAACAAGCCUGCCUUUCCAUUUAGCAAAGAGCACCCAACGCAGAGCUCCGUCUGUCGGUGCGGUGUUGUGGGGCGCCCGUCCUGCUGUUGGGUUGUGUCUGUCUGUCCUGCUGCCCUCGUGGCAGUGGACAAUGAAGGGCUGGGGAUGUCGGUAAGGGGCGAUGCGGUGAGUGAUGGGUGUCUGUGUCUCUGUCUUGUGUGCGCGUAGCAGGAAGGUGCUGCAUCCUGGGUUUGCGCAUCUGCCCAGCCUGCCCAAACCAUCACCGAGUCGUGGCAUCGCUGAAUGGUUGGGUUGGAAGGGGCCGUAAAGACCGUCUGGUCCCACCCCUGCUGUGGGCUGAGUGCCCCCCAGCUCAGGCUGCUCGGGGGCCAUCCAUGGCUUGAACACCUCCAGGGAUGGGGUACCCACAGCUCUGAGCAGUGCCAGAGCCUCACCAUCCUCGAGGUAAAGAAUUUCCUACUAAAAGACCAUUAAAUUGGGGUUUCCCCAGCCCUGCAAUGGGGUAGUCCUGGCCACCAGGUGAGGGGACAUUUUGGAAGUGCAGAACCAACCAAGUGAGAGCGAGCACCAAAACUCAGCCCUGUUAUGGGGCAUAAAAAGCAGCAGGGAGGGGAUGUGGAUGAUGGUGGCUGCCCCUAAUGACCUCAGUGGAAGAAAUGAAUAACAACUAAAGAAAUCUGGAUGCUCAGUGUGGGAAGUGAAUGGUCAUGGUGCCCUCUGGUUGGGUUUUGCUGUAAGCACUGCAGUCGGUCCCUACUAAUGGAAGGGUGCAUGGGCAAUGGGAUUCAGUCCCUACUCGUAUAUGAAGCUGUUGGGUUCCCAACGUUGGCUCAACCCAUGGCACCAAUGGGCAGCUCCAGUUGGGGUUUGACCAGCAGUGCUGCUCCUACAGGGGCUGAGCAGAGCUUGGUUGUGCAGCUCUUGGCAGAUGUGCAAAUCCUUUGGCGAUGCAGCAUUUUUAAGUAGUUUUAUAUGCACCUAUAUAUAUAUAUAUAUAUGUAUGUGUAUAUAUAUAUAUAUAUAAAAAUAUAUAAAAAAAAAGAAGUGCCAAAUGCAGUGUUUUACGUUUGCUGUUCCUUGGUUUGCUGUUGACCGGAAGGCGUUGAGGCGAUGUUUACGUGGGGGAGCGGAGAAGGGAGAAGCAAAGUGGGAUUGCUAUGGGACAAGCAGGGCAGGGCGGCACGAGGAAGGCCCGAAAUCCUAUUUAUUCCUUUGCUGAAUAUAGAAACAGAGGUUAUCUGAUUGUUAAGAGAGAUUAUUUUGGAUAUAUUACAUAUGAACGUGCUAUGGCUGGUAACCAUGAUGAUGUCUGUUAUUAACAACCGCCGAAUCAGUCGGGUUCUUUGUGUUGUUGGCUUUCUUUCUUUUUCCUCGAAGCUUAUUUUCCAUUGGCUGUGUCUGGAUUAAUGGCAGUGUCUGGGUUAAUGGCUCUUCCAUUGUGUUUGCCGUUUCUUGUUUUUUAAGUAAGGGAAAGUGGCUUCAGUUUCCAUUUUGGAAGUCCCUCCUGGCUCUGCCGGAGCCCUGCGCUGAGUGCAGGUGACAGCAGAGCUGCGUUCAAAGGAACGAAUCGAAUCCUGAUGUUUCUAAGAAGACACGACACGCGCAAAAUAAAUAAAUAAAUGAAUAAAUAAAUAAAAAGGGAAAAGAAAAAAAAAAGAAAAAUUAAAAAAAAACAAAAAACAAACAAACAAACAAACAAAAAAACCCAACCAGUUGCAUGAAUAAGGCUGUGAAGUCAAACAUUCAGUAAUAACGCGGCAGUGCCUUUCUUUUUUGUAUUCACCCAUUUCCCUCCCAACCCUCCCCCCCCCCAACACGUGCAACUGUUCCCUACGCCCGCGGCCCCCGGCAGCUCCCGGUGCUGCUGCCCCACACCCUGUACCCACAGCCCCGCUGGGGCAGCCCUACGGGGCCGCGACGCUGAGGAUAACCCCAUUUCUUUUGAGGUGUCGCCGUCCCGCUGGGGAUGAGCCCUUUGCUGAGCCAGGAGAGGGGGCAACCCGAUGCUUCUCAGCUCGUAACCAAGCCCAAUGUUGGGGAGGGGGUCACCCCGGUGCCCCCACCGCGCUGUGAUCCCGCAUCGCAGGGUCCGGUCAGCACUCGGCGUUGAGGAUUUGUGGUGUCACCUUCCUCCGUGGGGUCGGCUUUUUGUUUUUGGAUGUGCCUGAUGGAAAGUAGGUCCCGCAGACGUCUAAUUUGCACACACAGCUACGAGAACACUAAAGUUGAUUUUAUACGAGUCAUCGAGAGUUUGCAAAAGUGAGUUUUAUUUUUUGUAUUCCUUUAUCUUUACUUAAAGGUGAAUGUGUAUUCCUCUGGGAGGAAUAGGAAGAACAAAAAAAAAAAAGAAAAAAAAAGAAAAAAAAAAAGGGAAAAGAAAAAAAAAAAAAACACCCCAAACCAAACAGGAAUGUUAAUAAUGUUAAACAGAAUACUUCCUCCCUUAUUAAUAUAUAACCCUCUGUAUUUAUGCCUAUUGUAAGCUGACUUCCAAGAGCUUUGACCUCUCUUCUGUUGCAUGCCGUUCCCGGGCAGCCCUUUAUUGUACAUGCAUGCCUCUCGUCCCGUUUUUUCUGUACAAAGUUAGUGCACAAAGAAAUAUUUUUGCCUAGUCCAUGUUGCCAAGCAAUGCCUAUUUUCUAAACUUUGUCAUAUAUGGCAAUAGCAUGUUUGUUACAUGUAAAAGCUUCCCGAUAUACAGAAAUACUCAUGUUUGGAGAUGCUGGUCUUUGCAAGUGUACAGUUUUCAAAUGUUGUUACCAGUGAAACACCCUCGUGAUUUCAACUUGCUCCAAUGUAUUUAUUACUCAUUUGCUCCCAUGUAACUAGGAGUCAUGGCUAUAUUUCAUAUCGACGUUAUAUUGAAAGUGAAGGGAGAUGAUUAAUACAAGGUUUUGUAACA